AUGGAGAAGGGCGAUCUCUCUACUGCACCCUAUCGGGGUCCUAAGCUACCAAAUGUCCCCGAAAACCUGGUGGUUACCGAUGUUCUCAACUUGGAAUGCGACGAACGUCUAUGGGUGCCUCAGGCUAACGACGUGUGGUUCCGCCCUCUAUGCUUCAAUGUGUCGCAUGGCUAUUUCGUGAAUAUCUUGCGCGUUAGAAAAAGUGGCAUUUUAUCGCGCCACCGACACACAGGACCUGUUCAUGCCACAGUGCUACGGGGCCGAUGGCACUACCUUGAGCACCCUUGGUGGGCUGAGGAGGGCGGAUACGCCUUCGAGCCUCCCGGUGACAUUCACACCUUGGAGGUUCCCGAAGGAAUUCAGGAGAUGGUCACAUUGUUCCAUGUGACCGGCGCAUACAUCUAUGUUGACGUGGACGGCAAAGCAUUGGGAAUUGAGGAUGUUUUCAGCAAGCUGGAGGCAGCUAGGAAGCACUAUGAGGAGGUUGGCCUGGGUGCGGGCUUUGCAGACCAGUUCGUGCGGUAG